AUGAUAAUCAAGCGGAACCUAAAAUUACUAAUGGCAAGACUCGAGCGGUGUAAACUUGAGGUUGCGGGGCGUGAGCCAGACAAUACCUCAGUUUUGUUUCAAAAGAAGAGGAAGCUUGGCGAUGACGGUUAUUGCCCGCUCAAUUUCCUCGGCCAAGUCACCAACGACAUAAUUCCUAUCGGAUUCCAUGGGAUUCUCGGCGGCGGUCAUAGAUGA